AAUCCUGUCCGAAAGAUCCCUGACUCCCAUGAAAUAACGCUAAAGCAUGGCACUAAGACAGUUUCUGCUUUGGGUCUGGAUCCCUCAGGUGCCCGUUUAGUGACUGGAGGAUAUGACUAUGAUGUUAAAUUUUGGGAUUUUGCUGGAAUGGAUGCUUCUUUUAAGGCGUUUCGAUCCCUUCAGCCCUGUGAAUGCCAUCAGAUCAAGUCAUUACAGUACAGUAACACGGGAGACAUGAUACUUGUUGUAUCUGGAAGCUCUCAGGCCAAAGUGAUUGACAGAGAUGGUUUUGAAGUAAUGGAAUGUAUAAAAGGAGACCAGUAUAUUGUGGAUAUGGCCAAUACCAAGGGCCACACAGCAAUGCUUCAUACUGGAUCAUGGCAUCCCAAAAUAAAGGGAGAAUUUAUGACUUGCUCAAAUGAUGCGACUGUGAGGACCUGGGAAGUUGAAAAUCCGAAGAAGCAAAAAAGUGUGUUUAAACCGCGGACGAUGCAGGGUAAAAAAGUGAUUCCUACCACGUGCACUUACAGUAGAGAUGGAAACCUCAUAGCAGCCGCUUGCCAGAAUGGAAGCAUACAGAUCUGGGACCGAAAUAUGACAGUUCAUCCGAAAUUCCACUAUAAACAAGCUCAUGACCCAGGCACAGAUACUUCUUGCGUGACUUUUUCCUAUGAUGGUACUGUCCUUGCUUCUCGUGGAGGUGAUGAUACAUUAAAAUUAUGGGACAUCCGACAGUUUAAUAAGCCACUCUUUUCUGCCUCGGGUCUUCCCACAAUGUUCCCAAUGACUGACUGCUGUUUCAGUCCAGAUGAUAAACUCGUAGUCACUGGGACAUCUGUUCAAAGAGGAUGUGGCAGCGGCAAACUUGUUUUCUUUGAGCGCAGGACUUUCCAAAGGGUGUAUGAAAUAGACAUCACAGAUGCGAGUGUUGUCCGCUGCCUGUGGCACCCAAAGCUGAACCAGAUCAUGGUGGGGACUGGAAACGGGUUGGCUAAAGUCUACUAUGACCCCAACAAGAGUCAGAGGGGAGCGAAAUUAUGUGUAGUUAAAACCCAGCGGAAGGCGAAGCAAGCAGAAACUCUAACCCAGGACUACAUCAUCACCCCUCAUGCCUUGCCUAUGUUCCGCGAACCUCGCCAACGGAGUACAAGAAAACAGCUGGAGAAGGACAGACUGGAUCCCCUGAAGUCUCACAAACCGGAGCCUCCUGUCGCAGGCCCAGGUCGUGGUGGCCGGGUUGGAACUCACGGAGGCACUCUGUCUUCAUACAUUGUGAAGAACAUUGCUCUGGAUAAAACCGACGACAGCAAUCCCCGGGAAGCCAUUUUGCGGCAUGCCAAGGCAGCCGAGGACAACCCAUACUGGGUUUCUCCAGCAUACUCCAAGACUCAGCCCAAAACCAUGUUUGCCCAAGUUGAGUCUGAUGAUGAGGAAACAAAGAAUGAGCCAGAAUGGAAAAAACGUAAAAUUUGAAGAAUCUCCUAUGAGAGCUGUUUGCAUGAGGGGGAGGGAUAUUGAACAG